GAGACCGAAGAUAAGCCUAAAGAAAACUCGUGUUUAACUCCCACUCAAAAGUUGUACGAAACCAACACUUUGGCUGAAAAAGUGGUUUCUGUAGAGAAGGACGAGACGGACACCAAAGCCAAAGAUAAGAAGAAGAAGAAGCGAAAGCAAAAAGAUUACGAUUCGUCUGAUUCUGAUGUGGAGAAAGAGAAGAAGAAGAAGAAAAAGAGACGAAAGAAGUCUUCAAAGAGACGGAAGCGGAGGUCAUCUUCGAGUUCUAGUAGUUCUGAUUCUUCAGAUACGAGUGAAUCCGAAGAUCGAAAAAAGAAGAGAAGAAAACACAAGAAAAAGAAGUCUAGAAAACAUAAAAAAGAUAAGAAAUUAUCGGAAAAUAAAGAGAAGACAAAAGUGAUGACUGAAGACAAGAAGAAAGUGAAAGACACGGAAAUAGAGUUCGUGACCGUCCUCUCAGUGGGCGAAACACCAGUUGAGCUAAAAUGGCCUAAAAAUUUGAUAAAAUACACGCAAUGCGAGCCAAGCAUUCAGUAUAGCAUUAGUCCGAAAGUAACCGUAAAUUCAGACGAUUUCAAGCAAACCAAAGAACCGAGAAAUAAAAUAGUAGAAGAAAUUGAAAGAAUACGACACUUUGGGAUCGAUAAUGAAAGUGAGAAUAAAGGCAAUGAGAAGUUGACCACAGAAUAUGAGAGGUUUAUGGGUGAAGUGAAUCCCAAUUAUGAAAGCCAUGCCAUAAGUGAAGAGUCGAAAGAUUUAGAGACAAAACUGAGAGAAAAAUUAGUCAAACAAUUGCACGAUAAAAAUGACGAUGAUUUCGAGGCCAUGACUCCAGCAGAGCGAAGAGCCAUUGAAAAGAAGAAAAAGAGUUAUCAUUCAUAUGUCGACGCGAGUGAUGACCACAGAAGACAUGAAGACCUCAAGUCUGCGCCAAUGAGUGCCUACUAUUCAGCAAAAGGCUAUACUUUGGACUCAACUAAUUCUUGGAUUCCUAAUCAAAGUGCAGAGAAUGUCACUGAAAACUCCUCGAAGAGCCAGGAAUCACAAUCUUGUGUCGAAUCCUCGGCUUUGGAACUCAAUCCGACCCUCACUUCUGAUAGAAAUGAUUCAAACGAACAAAUGGUCGAUAAAAUAGUCACUAAUGAGGAAAACAAUGAUAUGAAAGAUAAGACCACUGAAGCAGACGGUCAACAAAACAUUGGAGUCUUAAUAUCGUCCACUCAGUCAGACAUGCCUUUUGAUUCUGAAUUGGGAUUGGAUUCUGAAUCUAAAGACCAAACGGACUCUUCAGAUAUGUCUCCAUUUUCAUUGACACAAAGUAAACAGAAGGUUAAGGUUCGAGUGAACGCCACUUCGCACAAUGACAUGGAUGUGUCCGAUGGAGACAGCCCUCCGCCACCACCACCUCCUCAACCGCGACCUUUAAUGACAACAAUGACUUCAUCAGACGAAUACACUCUACCCAAUGGACAGGUACUGCCCGCGGGAACCAAACAGAUUGUCGUCCAUCCCUACCAAACGGACGAUCCAAACAAAUUCACAGCCGAAUGGUAUUACAACGCAUACGAUGGACAACAGACACCAACCAACUCCUCUUAAGACCAAUCAUUUGGACUCUGAUUAACAUUUAUUUCUAUUUUAUUUAACUUAUCUCUGA